AUGCGGGCGCCCGGAGUGGGGGCGGAGCCCGUGCCUUACCCUGCCCCCGGCCCCACCGCCCCCGCCGCCACCCCCACCCCCGCCUCACAGGAGUCAACGGCCCGGCCUGGCGCGGCGGGCCGCGCCGUGGGGAAGGUCAGUGAUGGAGGCUGCGCGGCGGUCCGGCCGCUGUCUGCGGCAGAAGGAGCCCCCAGCAAAACAAACCCCAUCACCCGUGAUUCCCUGCAAUCUGAGGACACGGACGGAAGAUCACGCAAACAGCGUUCCCCGAAAAGGAGGAAACGGCGGCGUCGCACGACAUCUCCUCGGGAUGACUCCCCUUGCCCCGACGACGAUGUACCUGUGGACCAAGACGACACAACAGCCUCUACGAAACAGGAUGAGACAAUGGAAACCGUUCGAUCAGACCCGCAGCGGCCUGUCACAUUGCCGGUACCGGGACGUGGUGAUGCUGAAGAGGAAGCACAACCAGUUGGCGCUCCAGACGCAGAUGAUGUGGCAAUGGACACGAAUAUAUCACUGCCUGCAAAGAUGUGGUAUGACGAUAUUGAGGAGGCGCCGGACGUCAUACAGAGGCAGCCGGCACUCACGAAGACAGCCUAA